AUGGAUGUAUACGCAGGGACACGGGUAGAAUGUGGGUGUGGGGCGCAUGCAGAGGUGGACGAGGCCUACUUUUGCGCCACCUGCACAGCCACGGUCUGCUCGCUCUGCACCACCACCUCGGUCGAGUCCUUCUACUGUCCCAACUGUCUCGACUCGAUGGCUGCUGGUGAUGCUGCUCUCUUUGCCAACAGAUGCUCAAAGUGCUUCGAGUGCCCUGCAUGCUCCGCUGCCCUCACCACUCUCCACAUUCCGCCCAAUGAUCUCCAUCAUGCUCCGCUCGCACAUCUCGCCCUUGAUGCAGAUCAACUCGCCGAUGGCAUCCACGCCCUUGUCUGCCCCUUCUGCGCAUGGUCCUCGCUUGAUCUCGGUCUGGCACAUCCCAAGCCGGAUGUUCUCAUCCUCGACUCGGUUAAGAAGCAGCGUGCGGCGGCUGAUGCUCCGGGCUUUGCUGCCCUUGUCGACGCCUACCAGCGCGCUGCCCGCGACACGGCCAAGGCUGCAGAGCGGUCGAAGCGCUUGCUCAAGCGCGGCCUGCUCGACCGCAACGCGUCGUCCAAGGACAUGUCGCAUCUACUCGAGGGCCUCGGCUCGGGUACCUCGACUCCGGUCGGCGGCGAGCCGGCGCCCAGCGACACCAUCCGCUUCCCCAACGAGGCCUCGGUCGAACUCGCCGCCGACUUGCCUAUCGAGCUGCCCGGGCCGACGCGGCUCGUCCCGCAUGAGCCCAUCACCGUCCUUGCUGUCGAGCGCAGGAUGCAGGAGAAACACCAGGAGAUGGGCCGGUGGGUGCAGUACGGCGAGGGUGCCGUCAACCCGCCGCUGCGCUACGCCUACGACGGCCUCGCCCUUGAGCGCAAGACCGUCAUCAAGUCUGAGAUGAUGGGCUUCUCCGACGACGACGACGACGAGGAAGCGCGCGCCGUCCGCGCCGCUGAGCGCAAGAAGCGCGAAGAUGCCGAAGACGCUCAGUUCCGCGCCGUGGUGAACGCUGCGCGCGCCGCCGCGCGUCCGGCCUGUGUCCGCGACCCGUACGCGGUCAUGGCGGGCGAAGCCGGCGCUGUCGACGAUCUCGCCUCGCUCUCGUCGCUCACCCAGCGCCAUGCCAACGUUCACGCCCAGCCGCGGCGUUUUGCCGACCUCAUGCCGCUUCGCCGGCGGCUGCGCGUUCGCCGUCGCAUCCGCUGCAACGGUUGCGAGCGCAUUCUCAUCCGGCCGGACAUCUCGCCGUCGUCGGUCAAGUUCAAGAUCCAUCAGACCGCCCUCGAGUACCUACCGUGGGCCGAGCUUGCACAGCCGCUAGACCACGCCGGCUUGCUCGCGGCGCUCGCCAGCACACCGCCCCAGACUCCUGUCGUUGUCCGCCUCUCGCUGGCCAACCCGCUCGACGAGGUUGUGGGUGUGCGGCUCCUCCCGCUCGCUGGCGACCUGCCCGACGACAUCGAGCUCUCGCCGUCGGGCCGGCUGCACGACCCGACAUCACGGCUUCACUCGGCAGCCUUUCCGCCCACGCUCGACGCCACCUUUGCGGCAGGCGGCUCCACACACCUCGAGGCGCGCGUCGACCUCGCCGAGCUGGACAUGUUUGAUCCUGAUGAGUCCGACUUGCGGACAGACGACACGCCCGAACUCAUCGCCUCGCGCUCGCGCCACCGCGCUACCGUCCUCGUCCACCUCACUCCCCGGCUCGCAGCCGACUCGCUUGCCUACUCCAAGUUUGGCUUCCGCCUCGUCCUCACCCACGCCGGCACCGGCGCCACCCCGCUCACCCACCUUGUCACCUACUAUGUCCACCUUCCCGGCGGCGAUCCUUCCGCCGCCUCUCCCCUCCGCGUCGCUGUCUUUGACCACCAAGCCAUGUGAUAUUGCCGUCGCAGCAUCACGUCGAAGCGCACUGCGAUGACUGCAUCUGGCAGUGUGUCGCUCUCAAGUGGCGCGAUUGCCAAACCGUGGCUGGUAGCUAGCCUGAGGCAGGACAUCAGAGAGUACACCCCUUCCCUUGAAAAAUCCAUAAAAUUGUUGUCCC